AACUGUUCAAACUAAAGCUUGCGUUGAAGCGACCGAGACCGACCGACACUGAAUUUCGGCGAGGAAUCAGCUGCGCCCCGGUAAAAUGGCAGGAAUGUUGACACGAUGGAGGUGUUGUCUGCAAAAUCAGCUCGUAAUAUUGCUGCUUGUGAUACUGGCCGAGCAGAUAUCGGCGCUGAAAGAAGUCAUCUACGCGAUCAACGCCGGCGGUGAGGCGCACAUAGACAUAAACGGGAUCAAAUACGAGCGUGAUCCGUUGUUCGGCAAAGUCGGCACUGCCUCAGACUAUGGCAAGCAACUGCUGAUCGGCCGGGUGCACCAGCACGAUCAUAUCCUCUACCAGACCGAGAGGUACCACCACAGCACCUUCGGCUACGACAUCCCUGUUAGGGAAGACGGCGAUUACGUGCUGGUGCUCAAGUUCUGUGAGGUGUAUUUUAGACACGCCAAUGCGAAGGUCUUUGACGUUGUCCUAAAUGGUGAUCACACCAUCAUUCCAGACCUGGACAUAUUUAGCAGAGUGGGCCGAGGAGUGGCCCAUGAUGAAAUUGUGCCAUUUAGCGUUUCCAGCGGCAAGCUCAUAAUCAAGAGCGAAGAGUCGGAUAUCAGGGGAGGAAAAAUCAGAGUAGAGUUCAUUAAGGGCUACAGAGACAAUCCAAAAAUCAAUGCCAUUCUGGUUGUGAAAGGCUCUGUUGAAGAUUUGCCGGGUCUUCCUCCAAUGUCGGAGGUAGACGACGAUAUGCAGGAGGAGGUGGAGGACUUCCAGCGCGCAGCCAACUCGCAGCCAGUGAAAAACCGAAACCCGUCGGGCCCGAGAACGCCCGACCCUUAUUCGGUGGACGACUCGUCGAUGAUGCUGCCAGUCUUUGUGGCCAUUGGUGCUUUCAUACCAUUGUUAUUCUGCCUGUGCAAACUAUGAGGGGGUGAAAAGGGCAGGCGGGCGGCAGGGGUGGUUUCGAGCCGGUACACGCACUCAGUAUGCUGUAAAUGCCUUAAAAUUACACACAAGUUCCCAGUUACGAGUACGGCGAACCUGUCCACGCUCUGCGGCCGACUAUCCAGUUGAAACACACGUUGUUGAUGUUGUUGUUGUUUGCAGCAGGGUUUGGCGCGCACAAAAUACUAAUUUGCAUUCAUUUCUUGCCUGUUUUCACGAGACACGUUUACCACUACUGUCCGUGAAUUUGUACUUAUACUUGAGUAAUCUCGCUUGUUGGAUAAUUGUAUAAGUUUUGGAGGACUUGCCUGUUUUAAUUUCCUCCCCCGCUAAAAGCGCUCAAGCUAUGGUUGUGUUAAGUUAUCUGGAAAAAGAUUGUUGUUGCUUUUCCCUCCAGCACGCACUCUUACUGCUUGACAAAAUCAUUCUCGUUCAAAACCAGGCUGCCAUAUUGAAAAAUUGUUCCUUGGCUUGCUCGAGAGUCGAACCAUCCUUAAAAGUCAUUGCCUGAUUUAAAAUAAAAAUAUUGCUAUUUGCUUUGGAGUAAUGCGCACCAGCAACGCACAAUUUUAUCGCAUUUGUCCUCCUCCCACGUCAGACUCUUGGUUAAUACUCGAAAGUUAAGUUUUUCUCAGAGAAUUGUGAUCAAAGUGUGUGCAAAUUCAAGUUUUAAACUGCUUUUGCCACAGCAGACACGGAAACUGCAUUGUUAUUAUUAUUUUUGCUAGUCCAUAAAUGAAAUGAGCUCGCUGAAAUGAGGAGCGACGCAAUGGUUUCUUUGCUUGUGUUUUGUUGUAUUCCUUAAUUUUACUACUGCCACUGUCUGAAUCUACAAAAGAGUUCUCAAACUGUGAAGCGCAUUAAUAAUAGGGUUGAUUGGUUUAUGUUUCGUAUGUUUGACCCUGCCACAGAAUCGUGUGUAUAGAUGUCAUAACAUAAUUUCUUUGACGCAGCCCAUUGUCGGGCAUGUUGAAUGUGAGCAAAGGAAUAAUUGGACGGAGAAAAUGCAUGUGUACGCACGUGUCGCGAUUUAGCACAAAGAUGAAUGAACUAUUUUGUGACCUGCGAGUGUUUUUACCAAGGUCUCUUGCCACUUUGCAAGUUGUGAUCACUUUGUUUUAAAAUUUUUAUUAUUGAUAAUAUACAUUGAUGUAAUCACGAUUUUCCAGUUUUAUGUUGUAUCAAACUCUGUGUUUCAUUGCCAAGUGUUCUUUUACAUUGGUAUUUUUGGAGGAAAAGAGCCAAAUAAAAUACAAGAUUUUGUUUAAAAAGAACAA